GAAGGGUGGAAGAACAGGAAGAGAGCGGAGCGAAAUGAUAGAUAGAUAGAUAGAUAGAUAGAUAGAUAGAUAGAUAGAUAGAUAGAUAGAUAGAUAGAUAGAUAGAUAGAUAGAUAGAUAGAUAGAUAGAUAGAUAGAUAGAUAGAUAGAUAGAUAGAUAGAUAGAUAGAAUCAUAUCUGUUCUCUCUUAGUUUUCAUUCACAGUUGUAGCAGAGUUUUGCGAGGAGCAGCACUUUCCCUCUGUGCCACACACAUAAACUCUUUUCACACGCACACGUGCAUUUAAACAACCAACACCUUCAAUUUUUCUGCGCAGCGGACGCACAGCCUCCCCUCCCCUGUGACUCCAGGGGAAGAGGGGCAGCAGUGGAUUCACAGCUUACACACAUGCACAUGCUCUAGCAGUUCCUGUCCUCACACAUCAGGGGAAGCACAUGUGUCUUAGAGUGGAAACGCCACAGAGGGAUGCAUCAUGAAGUCUCAGCAGAAAUGCAUUGUGAUUUUUGCCCUGGUGUGCUGCUUCGCUGUGCUUGUGGCACUGAUUUUCUCAGCUGUGGACGUUUGGGGUGACGACCUGGACGGGAUCACAGAGGAGAACUGCAGCAAGAACUGCAGUGUCGUGCUUGUGGAGAACAUCCCAGAUGACAUCUCGUUCUUAGACAAUGGUACAUCCCAUCUCCCACUCUCAGCAGGGCUGUACAAUUUAUUGGACCGAGCUACGCGGGUCGUAGAGAUAGUUUCCCCGCUGUGGCUCCUCAACUCAUCUGAUUAUGAACUCAGCUUCCAGCCGGCAGCCAGGCAGGGCAAAGCUCUGCUGUCCAAGCUGCUGGGAUUGAAAGCAAAAGGGGUCCAGCUGAAGAUAUCCAGUGGGAUGAUCAACUCGACUGAGCUGGAAACACUCAUCAGACACAAAGUUGAGGUUCACUAUGUGAACACGACAGCACUGGCCAAAGGCGACCUCCACUCCUCCUUUUGGGUGGUUGACCGGACACAUUUCUACAUUGGGAGCGCCAGCAUGGACUGGAGAUCUCUAGCCACAAGGAAGGAACUUGGUGUGCUGGUGUACAACUGCAGUUGUCUGGCUCUGGACCUCCACAAAGUGUUCAGCCUCUACUGGGGUCUCCAGUAUAAAGAGUUCAUCCCCUCUUUCUGGUCCAAGCGCCUUUUUGCCCUCUUCAACAAAGACAGACCACUGGAGCUCACAAUCAACAACACAAAAGCUGAAGCCUAUGUCUCUAGCUCGCCAGAUGUUUUCAUCCCCAAAGAUCGCAGCAGUGAUCUGGAGGCCAUUUCCAGGGUCAUCCAGGAGGCCCGCCAUUUCAUAUACAUUUCUAUCAUUGAUUACCUGCCCCUCUUCGGCCGCGACACUCAAAGGUACUGGUCUCGUAUCGACGGUUAUAUCAGAGAGGCUCUGAUCUUGAGGAAGGUGCGAGUCCGUCUACUGAUAAGUUGCUGGGAAGAAACCCAUCCUCUUACUUUCAACUUCAUCUGGUCCCUGAGGAGUCUGUGCAUGGAGCAAGCCAACUGCUCCCUGGAAGCGAAGUUCUUCAACCCCCGAGUCCAGAGGGACGGUAGUCUCCGUGGGAUCCACCACAACAGGUUCAUGGUUACGGACAGGUCCAUUUAUGUAGGUAACCUUGACUGGGUCGGGAACGAGUUUGCCUUUAAUGCAGGAGUAGGCCUUGUUAUAAGUCAACCAGAAGGUGUCGAGGAGAGGAAUUCCACAGUGGUGGAACAACUACGGGCUGUCUUUGAGCGGGAUUGGUUUUCAGGUUAUACCCAUGCAGUCCAGACUAAUAAAAUUCCUGUUUGCAACAAGCGUCAGAUCAACACGCUAGUGGCAGUCAAGGCCAGCCACUUAGACAAUGGACCAGUGCCUAUGACAAAAGGUGAGAAUGAAAACAGACCUGCACCAAUGAGAAACCAUCACACGGUCGAUGGAGUAACAGUUGACAAAGCAAGGCGCCGUGACGACAGGCUCAGAAAAAUGAGUCACCAAAGCAUCAACAAUGGGCAAGCACCAAUAAUGGACCAAGAGAGCGGUCAAAUUAAAAAAAAUAUCCUUGAUGAAAGACACAAACAAUCCAGAGAUAAUCAGGACAAUCCAAUAGAUCCAACCAGUCAGUCAGCUGAGAGUAGUGGCUCCAAAGAGAUGUCCAAUGGAUCUGUGUGACUCUGUUUAAAGGACUUCUUGCUCUCUUUUAGUGACAGUGGACUUCUACCACUGCCCCUUUGUAGCAUUUUCAUACUACUUUUUUGUAGUGAGCAAACGCUUUGAAGAUUUAAAUAUUACUGGGUCUGCAACACUUCAAGAAGAAGAACUCGGGAAUGAAGGAAAAUUCUCUGCUGCUAUCUGGCACUUUUGAUGGAUCCUACCAGAAUGACACCAAAACUUUCAAGUUUAGAAGAAAUGCUGAUUUUUACAUAAAUGAUAUAUCUCAAGCUUGCUACUUAUUUAUUAUUUUUAUUUGACCUUGUUUGAUAUUUUGCAAAGGUCUCAUAUUAAAGACUAUCAUUUAUCUGACAAUUGUAUGUCACUUAAGAUGUUUGUGUUAGUCACAGCUGAUUAACCUUUAAAAGGGAGAGUUAUACCUGCAUGCUUAUGCAGACAGAGGAGGCAGCACGGCAUUUGUAUCUGCAGUCAGCAUUUAAGUUACUGUCCAAAAUAGCGUAAACUUUAUAACUUUAUUUGUUGUGAAUAUUUUAUUGCCUUUAUACACUGAAAAAUUUACAUUUUUCUCUCAUGUAGAUCAUUUUGUGAAUCUCCUAAAGAAAACUGUAACCCAAUACCUUUCAAUCAAUCAGUUCUAAUAGAUGACAGGUACAUUUGAUAAAGUCCAGUUAAUGGAAUCAGACAAUCUUACAGGAUAUUGGCAGAUAAUUUAUUGGAACCUGAGUUUUACCUUUGGUCAUUGGGAUGGAAACAACCCCAUAAUUCAUUUUGAAUGCUAAGGACUUGGGGCUCUAAAGGCACUUAUAAAAUCAAAUCAAUAUCCGUCAUAUUUCAAUCUCCCACAAGUACAAAGUCGCUGGUAAUCCAGAGAGUCAAACAUUAUUCUAUCACAUGGUUGCAUACCUCAAAAUAUGGAUGUGUAUUUUAUGGAGGCUGUAGUUGAAUGAGUUAUGUUUAAUGUGCUACAGCAUACUUAAUGAGUUCCUGCUUAAAACCUCACCCGGCACUACUUUUAAGUCACAGGAACAUAUAGUAUUAUUAUUAUUUAUUUAUUUUAUUUAUUUAGCAUUGGAGGAACAAGGGUUAUUGAUGUGAAUAAAUGCUGUCAAUGAACUGUUAUUGUUAAUAGGCCCUACACAGAAAUUUCAAGAGGUGGGGGUGAAUGUAUAUCUGUAUCUUUCCAAACACAAUGUUGUGACUCACUGUGGAAAUGCUAAAGGAGCUAGUAAAAGGGGCCACGAGGACUCUGCUGUCAGCUAAAUCGAUACGAUGAAUUUUUAACCGAGCCUGACAGCUGCAGUUUAACCUCAAGGACAUGUUGGCUUGUGAUGCCGCGCCUGAAUCUAGCCCACAUUCACUGUAUUGGAGUUGGAGCUAAAUGUACACUGUACUGUAAGAUUAUUCGUGAGAAGUGACUCCUUACCACUUGAAUGAAAGCUCGUAGCAAUUUUCCUUUGCAUUUUGAAUGCUAGCAUGUAGCCUGUGUUUACACAACUUUUAGCAGCAAUGUUUGUGGGAUUUAUAAUGAAUAAUGUUGAUACAUGGUUUUCACUUUCACUUUCAAAGCCAUUUAAUCGGCAAACGAAGAUAUUGCCAGGAAAUAACUCAUAGUGGGGUCAAACUUACCAAUACUCAAGUUGUUAAAAGUAGCUCGUGUGUAGUGAGGGGUUUGUCUGAAUUUAGAUAGCAGUAGGAGCAAUGCCAGUUAACUUAAGCCAGCCAGGAUGCACAGAAAACAUAGCUGUGCAGUAAGUAUUGUGGUCCAUGGAUAAUUCAUUUGCAUGUCUGAUAACUGAUCAGUCAUCAGAAAUUCACUUCAUCUAGUUUCUCAGAUGUGAUUAUUUAAGGAUUUUCUUAACCUAUCUAAAAUAUUAUGCUACAAACAGCACCUUUAGGUCAUUAGACCUAAUUUGGGUUUAAAGAAGUUUUUUAUACAACAUUAGAAGGACCAAACAAUCAGUCAACAAGGUAAUCAUCAUAUAAUCAUAUAUCAACAUAAUCAUUAGUAGCGGUUCUGGUGUAAUUUAGAUCCAACCAUCCAGAGCGUCACCUUUUUUUGUAAACACUCUUGGUGCAUGUUUUUUUUCUACAGACACAUUUAAUCUACUCUACAUACUCACUUGUGUCAGAAUAUGCGUUAUAUAUUAACAGACAGGAUGUGUGAUGCAAAUGGAAGAUAGAACUAUUAUCUAUCAAAAAUACUGUACAUGGCUUGACAAAUGCUGACUUUCAUCAUGAAUACCUUCUGCCAUCUAGUGGAGGGGAAUGUUAUGGGACUGUUUCUGCUCAAAUUUGUACUAAAAUUAUGUUGAGCCCUACAAUCAUAUAUUUUACAAAAUAUAAGACAUGAAUGAUGUAAUUUCAAAAACUAACAUACUCUCCUAUUUUGUAUGAAGCACAGGAACACCACACUGUAUUGUUAGCAAUUAGAGAACUUGUCUGAGGUCAAGUUCACUACUUCAUGCUGCUAUUAUCAAUUGAUUGUCAUAAGGGGAUGGAAUGCUGUCAAUAUACCCAGUUGUUUUGUGUGUGUGUGUGUGUGUGUGUGUGUGUGUGUGUGUGUGUGUGUGUGUGUGUGUGUGUGUGUGUGUGUGUGUGUGUGUGUGUGUGUGUGUGUGUGUGUGUGUGUGUGUGUGUGUGUGUGUGUGUGUGUGUGUGUGUGCAUGGCAUGUUUUCAUUGGACAUUAUUUUAGCUCUGAAAACUAUAUGUAAAGACUUGAAAUUUACAAGGGGUUUACAAUCUGCUCAUUGCAAACGGCAAGAUCAAAACAAAAAGAAAACAAAAAGUGUUUCUGCAUCACCUGUUGCUUAAUGUCUGUCAGCCAUGUCUCCAAUGAGACCGAAGAGAACUGAAAAACUCAAAUAUGGUGUUUUUCAUUCAUUCAGAGGGGUAGAAGAGGUUAUGAGAAGCUGCAUAUUUAAACAGAACAAUGCCAUGGUCAGUUAAUUUCACUGUUACAGCUAUUCAAUGUUGCCUACCUUUAUUCUGUUGAAUUGUUUUGGCAUGACUGCUGCUUGCAUGCCUUGCCUUUAUGAGCUGUGCACAGUAGUUGUAAGCCUUUCUAGAAAUGAUGCUAAUAGAGAAAUCUUAUAUACCUUUAAAGUUACAGAGGGAAUGUAUACUUACUGAAUAUACUUGUUAAUGCACACUACUGAUAA